AUGUUGCUGUACGACGGCCGAGUCACUCCGCCAGCUGUCCCCCGCCUGUCCUCGUGCGGCUCGUCGCAGAACGCCCUCCCUCUCAGUUUGACGAAACAUCACACCACAUCCCCCCCGCAUCGCACCCCUUCACGAUACCAACAAAAUAUCUACCCAACCAAGGUGUCCUCUCACAAGGCCACCUUACCACCCAUCGACAAGGUGGAUUCUACCCGCGCGGCCGUGGCAUCCCCCGGUGCCCUGCAAAACAUUGGCAGCUACAUCACUGGCACCCUCGACUCCCUCUCGGCCACCCUCGACUCCUCCAACCAGUACAUCUCCACCACCCUCGGCCUCCACCCCUCGCUCGUCUACACCGCUGCCGCCGCCCUCGUCGCCGUUCCCGUUACCAUGUCCCGCUACGGCUGGUCCCGGAGCCCCUACGGCUCCCAGCCCGGUGGCGUGCCCACCGUCACCGAAGACGACUACGCAUACAUAACCUCGCAGGACCUCGACGACCAUGGUCUCGGUUCCGCGUCGAGUAACAAUGCGCGCCGUCCGCAUUCGCCCAGUGCCGACGACGACGUGCUGCUUAUCAAGAGCCGCGGCGUCAACUACCCGACACACUUUCCCCGACACGUUAUCGGCGACGGCAAGCUCAAGGUCUCCGACGUUGCUGAGCGCGCGGGGCUCAUGAUGGGCCUGCCACCGCGCGAGUGGCGCUACCUCAAGUUUCUCUACAAGGGCCUUCAGCUCAAGGAUCAGACGGCACCCGUGCGCGACUACGGCGUGAGGAACAAUAGCGUCCUCAUGGCCAUCCUGCCCGAGGGCAACGGCCGCGUCGACGCCUCGGACGAGGAAAUGGUUGUCGUCGGCGAGAGCAAGUCCCAGAGAAAGAAUAAAAAGCGCAAGGCAGCCAAGAAGCGCAACGCCGGCGACGGAGACUCAGCCACCAGUCCCGGCGACAGCACCUCCGGCGGGGCCAAGUCACCCUCGCCCGUGCCCGGCGCGGCCGGCCAGAGACGCAUCGACGAGAUUGCCAAUGAUUUCAAGACAAAAUGGCUGCCGAUGUGCAAGGAGUACAUUAACAAGCCUCCCGCCGACGCGCGCAAGCGCACUGACGAGCACACGCGGUUGUCCGAGACGAUCCUGCAGCACGUAGUGCUCAAGCUGGACGAGGUGGACACGGAGGGCAACCCGGAUGUGCGACAAAGUCGAAAGGAUCUGAUCCGUACUGUGCAAGAUGUGCUGAAGCAAACUGGUCUGUGUAGAACAGGCCAAUACCAGCAAUCCAAGCCGACCGUUUUGGACAUCUACGAGAACCUGUUGAGCACGAUUGGGCAGAAAAUGCGGUCCAACGGCCGCGCCACCUACUUCAACGCCCCGUUGUCGACGCCUGGAAAGCCAGACCCGCAGACCGGCAGCACCGCGACGAGCAAGUCGACGCCAAUCCUGGCAGCGUUUUUACAAGCGACGCGCGACGCGUAUCAGAGUGAGCCGGGCAUCUAA